AUGCGUGUGGAUGUGACCUCGUGCUUUCGGGAGCUCGCGCCGAUACCUCCCGGUACCGUUGCGAAGCAUCAGAGUGCAUUUGUCCGGGAAGCCUCAAACUUGUUGAGCAGUUUAGUAGAACUGGAAAAGCUGUUGCGUCAAGUAAAACCAAACUAUUUGCUGCCAAAGCGCUUCGUCCGGACCAAAGGGUCCCGGAUGAGUGAAGCGGACAAGGAUGAGCUGGACGCUGAUCUGGUGGAGCUCAUUAAAAGUUGCAGCAGCAGGAUUGAUGCUUUGAAGUCGGCGACAGAGGCUCAGCCUGUUGUGAUUAGUGUGCAAGAGUUCCAGAAAGAAGUGGUGGCAUAUCUGCUUGAGCGCUUGAAAUGCACUGCGGAUAGCGCCAAGCAGAUGCAAAAGAAGCGAUAUCAACAGCCGUUUCUACUGUCGUCGCGGUUGCUGCCAGAAGAUGACCGACAAGGUUUAGAUGCACUGGAGAAAAGAAUCGUGCACAUGGGACAGGUGAAAGCUACGAAGAAACAGGCCGCUGCCCUUUCUGACGAUAAAACUGAAGCCCUGGCAAUCUCAUCGUCUCAAAAGCUCGGAUCGCCUACAAAGUCGACCUGUGCUAGCUUUGCACCACCAAUGAAUUCAGCACCGGUGCAACAAACCAAGGUCGACGAGACCCAUUGCGAUGUCGUGAACACAAGAAAAUUGACAGCAAUCGUGCAGCAAGCACCAAUAUUCGCCUCACAAAGCGACGAGCUUGAGUUUACCGAAGAGGAAGGCCGCCGUUUUGGCGCUGAAAAUGCAAUGCUACAUCGACAUUUUCAAGAAAAUCUUGAAGACGCAAAAAAGAUGGAGUCCAAAAUGGCCGAAAUCUCAAACCUCAUGGGUCAAUUUGCGGAUAAAAUCAUGGAGCAGCAGACCGAUAUCGAGAUGAUUCAGCACCACGCCUACGAGACAAAGUCUAACGUCAGCCAGAGCAACCGCAUUCUACAGACGACACAGGGGAUCGGAAAUGGAUAUGGAUUCAUCAUUUUCUGCUUUUACGCGGGCUUUUCCAUCAUCUUGCACAUGUUGCACUACUUUAGCAGCUAA